AUAAAUUUUCAGUUUCGAUUAGAUUACUAAUAAUAAUUAUUAGAAUGGCUUUUUCAGUGUUGGGUUUCUUUGUGUUCGUCUUUUUAGGUUUUGAAGGAUUGGUUAGGAUUAGGAGUGAAAAAAGUGAUGAUAAUACUAGCUUUGAUGAAAAUUAUAAAGUUACUUGGGGUUUUGAUCAUGUUUUGUCUUUGAAUCAAGGAACACAAAUUCAGCUCUCAAUGGAUAAGUCUUCGGGAGCUGGUUUUGCAUCGAAAGAAAGCUACUUUUCUGGGUUCAUUAAUUUGAGGAUCAAAUUGCCAGAUAGAGAUUCUGCUGGAGUUGUCACUGCUUUUUAUCUAAGUUCAGAAGGCGAUAAGCAUGACGAAUUGGACUUUGAGUUCUUGGGGAAUAGAGAAGGAAAACCCAUUACUUUACAAACCAAUGUCUUUGCAAAUGGGCAAGGCAACCGUGAACAAAGAACUCUCUUGUGGUUUGAUCCCUCUGCUGAUUUUCACACUUAUUCCCUUCUUUGGAACCCUCACCAAAUUGUAUUCUUUGUGGACGAUACUCCAAUUAGGGUGUUCAAGAACAAAACAAAAAAAGGAGUAGAUUACCCAACAAAGCCCAUGAAAAUCGAAGCUAGCUUAUGGGAUGGAGAAGAUUGGGCCACAGAUGGAGGCCAGACCAAGACUAAUUGGGCCUUUGCCCCAUUCAAAGCCCACUUCCAAGGGUUCCACGUCGAUGGAUGUUCCAACAUGAACACCAAUUGUUACUCUGAAAAUAAUAAGUAUUUUUGGAACAAGAAGAAAUAUCAUAAUUUGGAUUCGGAUCAAAAAAUAGCUUAUGAGAAAGUGAGAAAGAGUUAUAUGAACUAUGAUUAUUGCACUGAUAGUUCUAGAUAUCCCACUCCUCCACCUGAGUGCCUUGAUCAACCAUAGUAAUAGUAUUAUUAUUUUCUAUGAAUAUUGAUAUGUGUAUUAAAAUAUUAUACCAACUAAUGUGUUACUAUUUUUUAAAACAAUGAGUCUUAUCUAAAAUAAAUGUGAUUUGUAAUAUUUUUGUGUAUAAUUUUGGAUCACAUGUUAUUACUCAUUUUCAAUUAAGGCCCAAAAUUAAGUAUUAAAACAAAUAAUAAAUAAGAUUUUGUUAAUUAGUGGAAUAAACUUAGCCUAGUAUUUAUAUUGAUGGUUAUUGAGUGUGGCUAUUUGGCACCUUAAGGUGUUCAACACCACAUGAGGUGACACCCCAUAAUUGGUUAGCGAUACCCCAUAAUAUUUAUUAAAUUCAAAUAAAUGAGACCUGAUAUUGAAUUGCA